AUGUUGUUUGAUCUAAAGAGAAGAAUAAGGCUCCUAGACUCCUUUUCUGAUGAACUAGAGAUUUGCUGUGAGGAGCUCAAAAUGAAGAAGAAAGAUGAAGAGGACUGCAUGGAGCUGUGCCCCCAUCAGUCUGUUGAGAUGGAAAGGUGUGAAAGUAAAGAGCUGGAUGUUGAAAUAAGGAACCUGAUCGGGAAGAGCAACACUUUGGAGUCGUGUGAGGACCCCAAACCUCUUGCCCAAGAGAGGCUGAGCCCUCAGAGAACUUCGUGUUCCCUUAAGAGCCACAGUGAAGGAAGCGCUCCAGGCCGGCUUGGAUGCAGCUGGGCAGGUGGGAGUGACAUGGAAGCUCCAGCAGAACCAUUGCAGUCAAGGCACACAUUACUGAGCAAAAAGAAGCCUUUAGCAUCCAAUUCUCUGGAGCAACAGAUCCUCACACUGGAAAGACAGAGACGAGAGCUUUUGGAGGUGAACAAGCAGUGGGAUCAUCAGUUUAGAAGUAUGAAACAGCUUUAUGAAAAGCAGCUGGCAGAGAUGAAGGCAAGGCUGGACGUGUCGGAGAGGAGAGUGAGUGAACUGAAGCAGGAGAGGCACUGGCAGAAUCCAGAGGAGGAGAGGUGGCAAGUGCUGGGCAGAGAGAGGCUGCUGCAGGAAAAGAAAGAUACAGAGGUCCUUAGUGAAGCUCUCCAUGAACUGAAGGAAGAGAACAGGCUCCUGAAGCAGAAGAAUGCCUCGAUGACCAGGAGGAAGGAAUACUAUGAGAGUGAAAUAAGUCGUCUCAACAAGGCCCUUCUGGACACGUUGAAAAAGCAGCACCCACCUGUUGUUGGGACUCUUCCAGGGAAGGGUGACAGGAACAGCAUCGAGGAGAUGAGAACCCAACUUGAAGUUCUUAAACAGCAGGUCCAAAUAUACGAGGAGGACUUCAGGAAGGAGAGAUCUGACCGAGAGAGGCUUAAUGAGGAGAAAGAAGCAUUGCAGAAAAUUAAUGAGAGAUUGCAAUCUCAACUGAGUAAACUCAGCUCUCAGACAAAAGACCUCCCAGUACAGCCUGAGAGGCCCAGUUACCCAGCCCCACUCUUCCUCUCCCCAUGUGUCAGUUAUGGGGGCUGUGGGAUGGUUCUUCACUGUCCGGAUCCUCGGGCACAUCCAGUGCCUCGCAGGGCCCAGCAGCAGCAGCAGGGCUUGCCAGACUAUCGGUGGUAUGUUCCUGACCAGCUUCCGCCAGAUGUGCAGCACAAGGCAAAUGAUUCCUCUCUGGAGAAGGGAGCCCAUCGCUGACAGCCUCCAGCCUGGAGAAGUGUAAACCAAAGGCUGCAAGGGACUCUUGCAACUUCAUUAUUCUGUUUUCUUCUGGGUUUUUUUUUUGCUCCUAGCUCCUUAUCUCUUCAGUGCAUGUGAUUUAUGUCUGGUAAAAUCCCUGUGAGGACAAUAGAAAAGCAGCUCACACAGGCUGGUGAUCCUCAGGAUCCAGUUAAACUCUGCUGGGAAGCGUUA